AUGAAGUGUCACGGUGACGUUACUGGUAACUGGGAUUUUUUCAAGGAGCAAUGGAGUGACUUUGAAACAGCAACAGGCCUCGAUAAGCGAGAGGAAUCGGUCCGUUUAGCGACUUUGCGUUCAUCGAUGGGCAGAGAGUGUCUUCAGAUCUUACUCAACCUAAAUCUUCCAGAGGACGAUAAGAAGAAAAUCGACAAAUGUUCAGAAGCUUUAGAAAGCUACUUCAAACCUAGCAGAAAUUUGGUUUACGAACGAAAGCCAUACAGAUGUGCGCUACGAGAAAAAAUCAGAUCACGUCUUUCAAGUCUAUGUCAAGCAUUACAGACACUAACAUGUAAAGUUACUGGAUUAGGUCUGGCUGAUAUUCAGAUCACCGAUGACGGUGUUGCCAGUUUAUGUCAAGCAUUACAGACACCAACAUGUAAAGUCACCGACCUUGGUCUGGAAGAUAAUCAGAUCACCGAUGCCGGUGUUGCCAGUCUAUGUGAAGCAUUACAGACACCAACAUGUAAAGUCACCAUGCUUUAUCUGGGUCGUAAUCAAAUCACUGAUGCCGGUGCUGCCAGUCUCUGUCAAGCAUUACAGACACCAACAUGUAAAGUCACCGACCUUGAUCUGGCUGGUAAUCAGAUCACCGAUGCCGGUGUUGCCAGUCUAUGUCAAGCAUUACAGACACCAACAUGUAAAGUCACCGACCUUGAUCUGGUUGGUAAUCAGAUCACCGAUGCCGGUGUUGCCAGUCUACGUCAAGCAUCACAACCAGCAGCAUCAUUACAGACACCAACGUGUGAAGUCACCAAACUUAAUCUGAGUGCUAAUCAGAUCACCGAUGCCGGUGUUGCCAGUCUAUGUCAAGCAUUACUUGCACCAUCAUGUGAAGUCACCUUACUUAGUCUGGCUGCUAAUCAGAUCACCGAUGCCGGUGUUGCCAGUCUAAGUCAAGCAUUACAGACACCAACAUGUAAAGUCAGCACACUUUAUCUAGGUUGUAAUCAGAUCACCGAUGCCGGUGUUGCCAGUCUAUGUGAAGCAUUACAGACACCAACAUGUAAAGUCACAACCCUUUUUCUGAAUGAAAAUCAGAUUACCGAUGCCGGUGUUGCCAGUCUAUGUCAAGCAUUGCAGACACCAACAUGUAAAGUCACCGAUCUUAAUCUGAAAGAUAAUCAGGUCACUGAUACCGGUGUUGUUAGUCUAUGUCAAGCAUUACAGACACCAACAUGUAAAGUCACCAUGGUUAAUCUGGGAGAUAACCAGAUCACCAAUGCCGGUGUUGCCAGUCUAUGUCAAGCAUUACAGACACCAACAUGUAGAGUCACCACACUUCAUCUGGAUUCUAAUCAGAUCACCGAUACCGGUGUUGCCAGUCUAUGUCAAGCAUUACAGACACCAACAUGUAAAGUCACCGACCUUAGUCUGGAAGAUAAUCAGAUCACCGAUGCCGGUGUUGCCAGUCUAUGUGAAGCAUUACAGACACCAACAUGUAAAGUCACAAACCUUUCCCUGAAUAAAAAUCAGAUCACCGAUGCCGGUGUUUCCAGUCUAUGUCAAGCAUUACAGACACUAACAUGUAAAGUUACCGGAUUAGGUCUGGCUGAUAUUCAGAUCACCGAUUACGGUGUUGCCAGUCUAUGUCAAGCAUUACAGACACCAACAUGUAAAGUCACCGACCUUGGUCUGGAAGAUAAUCAGAUCACCGAUGCCGGUGUUGCCAGUCUAUGUCAAGCAUUACAGACACCAACAUGUAAAGUCACCGACCUUGAACUGGUUGGUAAUCAGAUCACCGAUGCCGGUGUUGCCAGUCUACGUCAAGCAUCACAAACAGCAGCAUGUAAAGUCCUCUAUUAAUCUAAGUGAAAGUCACGUCACAGACGCCGGUGAGAACCGUCUAAUGUAUAUUUUCGAAAAAACCCGUCAUAUCUACAUUUUUUGUGAUAGAGAAGAGAUUGAGUAAUAGUUCUAGUUUUGGAAAAGAUAUACGAAAGUUCAAAGGCACAGGGUAGACAAAUACAAUGCAAUAGAGAACGCUUAAACGCUGUAAACGCAUUAUCUUUUUGUUGUUCUUAAAAUGCAUUUAUCACUUAAUAAUUGUAUAAAUUAUAGAUUUUCAUUGAGAAAUCACAAGAUUUCGAGUAAAAUUUGGGAUCAAUUAGCACGAGUGAACUGUUCAAAGGCUAACAAAAUUGCACGAGCCCGUAAGGCGAGUGAAAUUUGUCUUCCUUGGAAAAUAUACGAGUGCUUGCCUUUGUGCUGUUGUUGGAAUAGUCAGGGUUUCCCAGCGAGAGGUUGUUUCGAGCUUUUAAACGUCCUGUCACGAAAAAUCGAGCGUUCGCUUCCUUUGUCAGUUAGUUAUAGCUUGAUAGUAAUCUUUCCCGGCUCUCUGGCGAACUGUUGCAUAAGCUUUAUUAUGCCUAUUCAGCUUUUUUAAUCCAUUAUGAGGGUAAUGAUUGUGUUUGAUGUUUUUACUCCUAGUUCUAUUAAAAAAUUGUGAAAUG